CGUCUCCUCCUUCUGCCAGUCCUCUCGGCCCUCUUGGCAGCCAUGGCCAACAGGACAACAAAUACAACCAUCUACGUCGGUGGCUUGCCCCCUUCCAUCGACGAAACAUCUCUCCUCUCGACUAUGCAAGUGUUUGGUGAAGUGGUGGAUGUACAGCUACCACGAGAGAAGCGCGCGGGGGAGGGUCAGCAGGCGGCAGGCGGCGGCCCUCACAGGGGAUUUGGUUUCGUCGUCUUCUCCACGGGGCAAGAAGCGCAGGAUACCAUUGAUAAUAUGCACCACAAUGAGCUGGCAGGGCGAAUUCUCAAUGUUAACUUGGCCAAACCGCUCAAGACGACCGCUGCAGUAGGAGGGACAGGUGGGAAUAGAGCGAUUUGGGACGAUGAGGAAUGGAUCAAGCAGCAUGCCCAGCCCCUUGAGGGUGGGGGCGAGGCUGCAGCCGCGGUGGUAGAGAGGGAGGCCUGAUUGGCAAGGACUCUGGAAAGUCACAAUUUGUACUUGUAUCGUAGGCAAGGCUAUGCUUGG